CACGGCGCUAACCCGAUCCCCACCCUAUGAUCCCCACUCACUCCAAAUCCCCUGCCACCACCCCUCAAGCCCCUACCACCGCCAGCCUCUUCCUCCCCAGCCCUGAUUCCGAAAACUCUGUCCCUGUGAGAAUCCGGCUCUUCACGCAAGCCAUUUUCUAACUUUGUCCCGAAUAGAAAAAAGGAAUAAACAACGCGAAAAGUGGAGAUAGGAGCAAACCGGAUAAGUGUUCUAUUGCCCCGAUUGUUGGCCCGCGGCGGGGUGCAAAAAGGGCAGGCCGAAAAAAGACCGUAAGAUGUGGAUCUGGUACAUCUUGCUUAGUUCGGGGACGGGCUCAAGCUCGGUUGAGAGCCAGCUCCUUCCGGGGAACAACUUCACCACAGAGUGUAACAUCCCAGGGAACUUCAUGUGUGGGGACGGGAAGUGUGUCCCAGGCGGGUGGCAGUGUGACGGACUGCCCGACUGCUUCGACAAGAGCGACGAGAAAGGCUGCCCCAAGAUAAAGUCCAAGUGUGCUCCAACGUUUUUUGCCUGUGCCAACGGGAUCCACUGUAUCAUCGGGCGCUUCCGUUGUAACGGCUUCAGUGACUGUCCUGACGGGAGCGACGAGGAUAACUGCAGUAACCCGCUGGUGUGCUUGGAGGCCCGCUUCAAGUGUCGUAACGGGCGCUGUGUGGACCGCAGCUUCCUGUGUAAUGGACAAGACAACUGUCAGGACAACAGCGACGAGGAACACUGCCUCACCACCGCAGAGGCUCCAGGUCAGGACUUUGUAACCCUGGACUACCGGCUGCGCUACUACCCCAGCAUCACCUACGCGGUCAUCGGCAGCGCUGUCAUCUUCGUCCUGGUGGUGGCGCUGUUGGCCCUGGUCCUGCACCAUCAGAGGAAGCGCAGCAUGCUGCUGCCCCGAGGGGUCCGGGGGUCCUCCCACCACCACCACCACCACCAGCCCCUGCUGCUGUCCCGCCUGGUCAUCCUAGACCGGGGACAUGUCCACCCGGCUGGCCCUGGCCUCUCCCCCACCUCCCCGUCUGCUGCGGCCCAGUACCCUGCAGGUCCCCCAGGGCUACAGCUGCUGUCUGGGGCCCUCUACCCCGCUGGCAUGCCCAUGGACUCACCACCUUCCUACUCCCAGGCUGUACUGGAUGUCAGCCGGCCUCCGUGGUUCGACCUCCCCCCGCCUCCCUACCUCCCAGACGGGGAGGAGCUGCCGUUAGAAGGUGAGCUGCCCCAAUACGAAGCCCCCACAGUGCCCUCCACCCAGCCCAAUACAUGCCCAUCUGAGCCCCCUACACCCAGAACUGUGGCCCCAGGCUUGUACCGGCCUAGCCUCAGCUCCAGCUCCAGAGAGGAGUCGGAUCAGCUGUAGUCCUCUGGUUACUGCAUCUACGUAAGACUACAGUACCCAGCCUCAGCGCUGUGGAUGGCUGAAGAGAGAAGAGCUGUGCGAUAUGUUAAGGCCCAAAGAUCUGUCCUGCCUGCUGUGGGAAUGAGAGACAAGGCGCUAUUCUACCUAUAGCUACAACUGACUGACUGACUGACUGAGGCACUUGGAAUCAUUGCUCUUGUACGCUGGCGCCCUCUGCUGGAGAUUUAUCUACAUAUCCCUGACCGGGCUAACUACUCAUUCAAUCAAUCAGUCAAUCAUCAGUCAAUUGCAUUUAAUCUGUGGCUAUAUAGUGCUUUUUACAAAUUCAUUUUUCACAGUCUGCUUAACAGAAACCAGAGCCUAAACUUCUAACAGAGAAAAACUCCCACAGCCUCCCAACACUAUUCAUCUCCUGUUGGACUGGUGAAGACCAGUUUGGUGGUUGGGCGGAGAUCCUUUAGCUUGGAUUAAGUUGACUGGAUAGAUGGUCAACUUGUGUAGUACAGUCAUGCAUUAACAAUGAAGUAGGAGUCGCACUAACUAACAGUAUUUGUGGUACUCAUAAUGGGUCAAAUGUCACAUGGUGUUACAGUUACAGUGGCAGAUGUACAUGUUGUUUUUUCUUGGGUAGUGGACAUACUGCACUUCCCUCCCAUCCAUAUUGCAUGAUGCUGGUUCUCUUCGAUCUCUAUUCUCAUUGGCCAUCUCUUUCAUUUCAUAGGAAUAACUGGAAUCAUAUUGCUCUGUUAUAGAGCACUUAUUGUGAUUGUUGGGUAUGCACGUAACUUAUGUUUUGGCAGGAACUCAAAUGGAAGUAUUAUUUAAGGAAGAGAACAUGUGGAUGAAAAUACUCUUACUGAGUAAGGUCCCAAAGUAAGGGUGUUUCUUUUGGUAUCUGUGCCUUUUCAAAGUACUAAAAUAUACGUUUAACAACUGUAUGUCUCACUUCCCACUCAGGGUCUAGUUUGACUGCAGUUCAUUGAGAUCUUGUUCUACUGCCCAUGAUGACAGUGCAAAUUGCUUUGUUUUGAUACAUCUCCUCAGACACUUUGGCAGAAAGGAGCAGAAUGUUCAGACUGCACUUCAUGUCUGACUAGUGUUUUUUAUGUUGAUUAAUGUUACACUCGGCUGCCUGAGAGCACAGGACAAACAUUUUGUCAGUGAAGAGAUAAAAACAAUUAAGGAGUUGUUUUCAUUAGUGCAUAAAGAGGAAGUGUAGAAAUGAUGUGGACUGGAGCAGAGACCCUUCCACGUGGUGCCUUGGAACACAAGCGUGUACAUUUAAAUAAGCAUUUGGGAUUAUCCUCAAGUAAAAACAAAUCUCAAUCGCAUACAAGCAUUUCUGUUGAACAAUGUCCAUUUUCAAAACGAGGCUCACAACACACAGAACAAUGUGGCUGCUUGCAAAACAGUAAAUACAUAAAUACAUUCAGCAAGGCUAAAUGAGACCGAAAUUGCAAAUUCAUCAAAAGAAGACGACUUACUGCAAAAACAUCAACACAAACAUACAGCGCAUUGGGGUAUUGUGUGUAGGUUUAUGAGGGGGAAAAAUUAUUUUAUCCAUUUUAGAAUAAGGCUGUAACAUAACAAAAUGUGGAAAAAGUCAAGGGGUCUGAAUACUUUCCAGAAUGCACUGUACAUAUAGCUGACAAAACAGAAAGUUAUUCUGUCUUUUAAAAAUACCAGUCACUACUACAUCAUGAUGAUCGAAACAGGAAAUACAACUAUCAAAUGGUGCAGAAUUAUGGACAAUUACUCUCCUUUUAUGCAUACUUUACCAAACAAUUUCAUACACAUCAAAUCAAGUAUUAUUCCUGAUCAAAAAGAACAUAGAAAACAAAGCACAUUGUUUGCAGAAUUCAUUCACUGGUAUCAUCACAAUCCAAUUCCAUGUAUUCAAUACAUGCCCUGUUCUGCUCAUAGAUUUGUAGAUUUUCCAUUGGCAAGCAGAAACACAAUCCCCAAUAGAUAUAAGGAAAGGUGAAUACAGUGGAGGAACACAACUGAAUUUAUAGGCCUCAAUCCUCACCAAACCAAAGGUGUGUAAUAUUGGAGAUGACUUGUCUCAUGAGUACUUAGAAGGAACUGAACUUCAUUUUCUGCUUCUCUGCAUGUUGUAGACAAUCCUAAAACUUAGGCUGUUCGCAUUGCGUAGAUCUUUCCCUAUAUUGUACCGGAUUUACUAUAAAUUAAACCAUUGACUAUGUUGUGCAGUAGUAUUAACUGAUUGCCGGAAACAGGGAACACAUUGCAACCUGUUCUCUUCUGAUGAAAACAAUGUGUUGAUAUUCUGUGAACAAAACACUUAACAGUGAUUUUUUUUUUUUUAUGACAAGUGUAUUGACAUUUUUGCUAAAGUUAAUCUAAGAUAUGCAAUCCGGGUACAAAAACAAGAAAAUGAUCAGACAAUCUACAAAUGUAUUUAAGCAUUUGAUCAUUGUUGUUUUGCUAUACGGACAUUUAACCACAGUUCCAAAUAAUGCUUGAUUGAGAAAAACUAUAAGAGCAUUAUCAAUUCAGUAAAAAAUAUUUGCUCAAUUGACUCUGAUAUAGUCACUGAGAAAAAUGAUCAGACUUUCUCUCCUUGGUUCCAUAAUGAUGUGUUACUGACUGCACCAUCUACCAGCAUGUAUUUCCUGACCAACUGAAAUGAAUCAUCACAGAUGUGGCUGGUCAUGCAUGCAGUGUUAUCACACACUAAAUAGUAUUACAGUGUAUUUCAAUAUAUGUCAAUCAGAAAAAUAUUUUUUUGCUCUACAAAUUGCAUUUUGAUAAAUUAAGGAUAUACUGUUUUGACUCCAUACGUAACAUGGUAACCUCUUGUAGUACUUCAACAGAACUGUAUCAGCUCAGUAUCCUUACUGGGUUGUUGAGGUAGACGUGUGGGUGGCAGGUAGCCUAGCGGUUAACAGCACUGGGCCAGUAACAGAAAGUUCACUGGUUUGAAUCCUGAGCCGACUGGAUGAAAAAAAACUGUUGAUGUGCCUUUGAGCAAGGCAUUUAAACCUAAUUGCUCCUUUAAGUUGCUCUGGAUAAGAGCGUCUGAGAAAUCACAGAAAAGAAUGUAAA